AUGUCCUCAAAAGCAAAGGCCAAGCAGGUACAGCCGACGGUUACUCCCCUCUCAACGCAAGAGAUUCAACAGAACUAUAAUCGCUUGCAGAAUGAACUUCAGACUUUGGCCGGCAAGAUUGGUGAGCUGGAGCAGGAAGCGGAAGAGCACAGCCUGGUCCUGACCACAUUGGACGAGGCAUUGGCGGAAGAGCCGGAUCGCAAGUGUUUUCGACUAGUUGGCGGUGUUUUGGUCGAGAGAACUGUGAAGGAUGUUGUUCCUGCGCUGCAAACAAACCGUGGUGGGAUCUUGAAAGUAAUAUCCACUCUCGCAGAACAAUACAAGACCAGGGACGAAGAAUUUGAGACGUUCAAGCGGGACUACAACAUCCGACCAGCAGCAGCAGGGUAG